AUGAUCAGUGUCUGUACACUCGGUUUGAUUUUAUUGGUAGGACAAUCUUCUACUGCCCCGCAAGGUGAUGCCUACUCCGAGUACCCGAACGGUGCGUUCAACGAUCGUGUCCCCAACAACGAGAACAACCAAAAGUUUAAGGAGUAUGCAGAAUUCUUAACACGCUUCGACGAUUGGGUCACCGGCAAGAAGGUACCGAUCCCAGCCGAUCCAGUAACGGAUGCACUGCAUCAAGAAUUGCCACCAGAUGCGCCCACUUUCGGGCAGGCCCGUGUGGCUCGCAACCCAUCCAAUUACGAGGAUCUAGUACCACAUCCCGUGUACAAGCGUGAAGAUAAACCGGACGAGACGCUCAUCAGCAAGGACAAAGAUUUUGGUGAACAUAUCGAGGAUAAGGUACCGGAAACGACAACCAACUCGGACCCAAAGUAUGGAGAUUUCAUCAAGGAGCUGAAACGCUUUGACCCAUACCUUAUCGGACGCAAUGUAACGAUUCCCCACAAUGCAACGGCCGAUCAGGUCUGGAAUAGUGAAGAUGGUCAAAAGCAUUAG